AACACUCAAAAUGGGAAAGUACCAAAAAUUCUACUGCUUUUCAUUGUUUCCAGAUUUACAACCGUGUUUUUUUCUUCGUUUAUAAUUUUUUUUAAUUUUUUACACAUCGGUGCCGAUUUAUUCGACCGAACGAAUCAUGAACAACAUUCAUGCGGACUUCGCUUCGUUAUCUUUAAAGGCAGACACGUGGGAUCCGCAGCAACAUCUGAAUGCCUUAAAAUCUUUGAUGGAACGUUGUUUUCAUUUGUGGACCCAUCAGGAGUCCGUAAUACUGACGGCGAACGAUCAUAUACUAGUGGAUAAGCUGGCUAAAACUUAUGGUUCGUUGUGCCUGGCUUUGCACGGAGAUCGGAGUAUUGUAACUGCGUUGAGUCGUAUCCACAACUUCGCAUCGCUUACCAAUCAAUCUCCACCGGAAUCGAAUACGACUGCUUUAGAAUCUGCUUGGGAGAUUAUUACCAGAUGGCUUAAUAAUCCUGUAUUGUGUUCGGCCAUCCAGAACGCGUUGCCUUUAUAUGUAGCGUUGUAUCUGCAGCUGGAUCAAGAACGCAGCGCUCAAGGAACCAGAAUUCCGCGCCUGCGCAGCGUUGAAAGUUUUCGACAGUUUUUACGAUAUUUUGAAUUGGAGAAAGUAGCUGCGUCCGCUUUUCUUUUGUCAAAACUGUCCGCUGGUGUUCAGGAGAGUGCGGGAUUGGGGAAAGGUGCAGCGAAGGGAAUAUGGUGGUUUUCGGUGGUUUUAUCCGAAGUAAUCACGCGAAUUCUGGGAGAAACGGACGGUGUCCAAGCUGUGCUCAGUGCGAUGCAUUCCGGAAUAAGCCGAAUGGAAUUAGAGCAGCUCAGUAGAUCUGGGCGAUUGAGCCGCUUAUUAACUGCGGUGCCUCCUGAAUUCCGCGCCAAUUCAUCCCACUGGCAUCGUUUAAUAAUCCCCCAACUGUUACACCUUGCCAGGACUAUGUCGGCAAAUUACCCUAAUUUGUCCUUGUGUCGUACGACGUUGGAAGCGCUCGCCUUUAUGUUGCGCGAUAAUCCAGAGGAGUCUCGGAUAUUAUUUGACGAGCACGUGUUUCUGUCCAUGGCUUCGAUUUCAAAGAAUCUCGGUCAUGAAUCGGCAGAUUUUUCCAUUGCUGUCAGGAAUGCCUUGUUAUUGAUGGAUAACGAUAUCUUCAGCGAUGAGCUGCUGUUUCUGCGUCGAUUACUCGCCGAUGGCGCAUCACCGUUAACGGAGAAUGUAAUUGAAAUGUACACCGGUAUUCUUGACGGUUUGUCCUUCAUGGCAUUCCAGAGUGGAUUGUCGAUGGAACUGAGUGUUAAAGAUGCCAUAGUUGAGCUCAUUCCUGUCAUAUUGCGACAUGUAAAACCUGAAAUGCGGGAACAGAAAUUGGUGGAAAGUUAUAGAAAUGGAGCAAGAGCGUUGUUUAGGAGUUUAUCAAUUCAGUCGGGCGAGAAAUAUCUAUCUGAAACUGAAAUUGCUGCCGCGAUGUGCGAUCUCAGUGAGAAGUCUUCUGACGUAUGGAUGACAAUAUCUGGAACACCAGACACCAAAGUUCUGACAUCGUCAAAAUCCGCAGUUUCACUUUCUGCCUUAUUUAACACAAUAUCCCGAAGUCUGAAUGAUACUUGUCGGGAUUUGCUCAUCUUAUCCAGCAUUCCACCGACCAACUAUCAGCUUGUGGAGCUGCUGUCUCUGAGUGUUUGGUUUCGCAAUCUAUCCGAAUUCCUCCUUGAUUCCGAGGAUGACGGUAUGGGACCUUUAGCGGAAUGUCCAUCAUUUUGGGACGUCUUUCUUGUUUUUCCGGUUAGAAUGCGCACUCUUAUCCCUAAAAUUGCCGAUGAACAAUUCCGUGGGAUACCCUUUGCCAUGUACAUUCUCGUGCUGAAGCUGGUGGGAAAGAUCGUCUGUCUGAACGGUUCACAAUGCAAAGAAGUUCAUCAGCAAGCAAUGGGGAUGAUUUUUCAUUUAUGCUUAAACAUUGAGGAUUUGAAGGUGGAACUAGGUGAGCUGAGUGAGUCUAUCUCAUGGAAGGAACUGAAUGAUGGGAUGCAUCUUUUGGUUGCGGCGUGCAAGUUAUCCAUGGGAGUGGCAGUAUGGUCGGAGCGGACUGAUUUAACACCGUUCCAGCAGGCUUUGAAGGACACGAAAGAUCCACUUCUUCCGCUUCGCGCUGGUGCAUACCACCAACUUCGCCGAUUAAUAAUCUCCGGCGACGACGAAGCUUUGUCUCAUUCCAAAGCCAUUUUCUGUGACUGCUGUGGAGUCUUCCAAGGAGAAUCCGAUUCGUACGUUUACCUGGCCGUUAUUCAGUGUCUGGAGGCCACGGCGCUUUCCAAUCCAUCGGAAUACCUUCCUCUCCUUCUGUCCGAACUUGCUUCUUUUGCUGCCAGCACGCGCAUCCCUGCGAGCGCAGGCCCUGACCCCACGGUCCGCGGUUUCCUGGCUGAAAACCUCGUACGUAUUGUUAACCGACUGGGACCGGCAGCCGCCCGGUACGCUGAUAAACUCCUGAAUACCCUGCUAUUUCUGGCACGCGAUACCGAUCCUGAUGUACGAACCAGUGCCAUUUCGGCGUUGGCAGAUGUCGGCCGAGCAUUGCGCUUUGGAAUGAGUGCAGUGAGGAUGGAAGUGCUGAACUGCUUGAUCCACACCAUGGAGACCGAUCCGGAAGUGUUGAACAGGCGAGCCGCGGUGUAUUGUUUGUGUGAAAUUGUCGAUGGGAUGGGAAAAGAUUUCCUGGAUGUGUUUGGUGACGGUAUUAAGCUGGUUUGGAGUGCCUUGAAAAAGGCGAGGUUGGCGGAAGAUUACACUGUGAGGAUGUAUGCGGAAAGAGGAAUUGAUGUGUUGAACGAGGUGCCACGGAGGAUGAUGAACGAUUCUCUGCAGUUUAUGCGGGUGAUCUCCGAAAAACGGCUGAAAGAGCUGUAAACGUCAAGUACUCAGUUUAUUGAUGAUGUUUCAUGUGCCAUUAAGAACAGCGCAAGGAAAUUUUUGAACGUUUGUAGUUUAAAAAAAAUUGUAAUAGUGUUUUAGAGUUAAUGUUAAUUUUUUUGGUAUUAGAAAUUUUUUAAAUUUCGCUGGUGAUAUUGCUGCAGAAAGCUCUGAUAUUGCUGUGUUAGUAAUAUUUCUGUAAAAGCAUCCUGUCAAAUUUCUGUAAAUGCAUCCUGUCAGCGGUGAGUUGGAAAAUAGGUUCCGG